AUGGCGCUCCGCGAGAUUCGACGCUACCAGAGAUCGACAGAGGUCCUCAUCCGCAAGCUGCCUUUCGAGCGACUGGUGCGUGAGAUAGCCCAAGACUACAAGGCAGACCUUUGCUUCCAGUCGUCGGCCAUUGGAGCUCUGCAGGAGGCCACCGAAGCAUACCUGUGUGGCUUGUUUAAGGACACACAACUCUGCGCCAUACACGCUAAGAGGAUCACCAUUUAG